AAAAACAACUAACUAAAAAGAGUAAAAAAAAAUUCACCAAAAAGCUGUUACAAUAAUCGCGAUUCAAAAUCCAUACCGCUCAUAUUUUGAUGUAAUAGUUGUGUCAGUUGAUUCACAUUUGAUCUAAAUAAAAAUGGCAUGGAUCGGUAUUAUCAUUAUUGCCAUUUGCGCGACAUUAGUUAUUUCAAAGGAUAUUGUAUGGCAACGUCCUGGAUGCCACAAAGUAGGCCAUACUAGAACGAUUGAAAUUCCAGAUUGUGUACAGUUUUCAAUAAAUACGAAUGCGUGUCGUGGAUAUUGUGAGUCUUAUGCCGUUCCAUCGGCACCGUAUGCAAACGGAUUCAAAAUUCCAAAGCCAGUUACAUCGGUUGGUCAAUGUUGUAACAUUAUGGAAACGGAAGACGUAAACGUUAUGCUGAGCUGUGUCGGAGGUGCAAGAAAUGUAACAUUCAAAUCAGCCACAAAAUGCUCAUGCUAUCAUUGCAAAAAAGAUUAGCUCAUUUUUCAUACAUUUUAGACCAAACCAUUUCAAUU